AAUUGUCUUUUCCGGUGCAUAAACGAACGACUCGAUGCUGCAGGUUACACGUUUCGCUUGUCAAAUGUGAGUGUUGAUGAUUGCGGGAAACAUAUUGAAGUGUGACAGAAAAUGUGACAAACUUUUCAGCUAUGCCAUUUUCUAAAGACGUAGCAUUGCAGAUUUUAGGAUUACCAACUUUUGCUACCAGACGUGACAUCCUCCUGCGGUAUAAGGUGCUAGCCUUACAAUAUUUUCCAGAGAAACACAAUAAUACUUCAUUUGCUGUUCAAGAAUUUAGUAAUAUAAGUGAAGCUGCCUGUACUUUACUUUUUCCUAGUGGUAAGCCACGGGCUCAACAGACAUUGGCUCAAAUGUAUGGAAUGUUUCAGUAUAUCUUUUUUGGAGAAGACAAAAAUUCGGAAGAAAUUGAUUCCCUAGAGUCUGAUAGUGAAAAUGGAAGUGAUUGUGAGCAUCUUCAAGAAGAAAAAGAGGCUGAAAACAAAGCUAUUAACUUAAUUAUGGAAGAAGAAAAAGAAAAAUUAAGAGCUGAAAGGAGGAGAGCUAAGAAGAAGAGAAGGAAGGAAAGGAAAAAACAACAAAAAUCAGAACAAGGGGAAAACGUAAAAUCGGCAAAUGGUGCAUCUGUUAGUAGUCAGACUGAUCAAAUUAAAAAAUCUAAAGAUGCGGAUUUGUCAUCUGAAGAAGAGGACAUUGAUACUUCCAGUGCCUUUGUAGCUGUUAUUGCUAAAAAGAAAAAACAUGUUCCAAUUCCAGAUGCCAAAAAAGAAACUCGCACUGUUCCAACACAGAAAUCUACAGCAAAAGUAACUGAGGAUCCAACUUCUGUUGUGUUGCGAAGUCGGCAGCUUGCCUUACGUGGCAAUGAAAUGGCAAGUCUGGGACAUUAUCAAGCUGCAGCAGAUUUAUUCUCUGAAUCUAUAAAAUUAGACCCUUCAGACCAUAGGUUUUAUGGUAAUCGUUCAUACUGUUAUGACAGAUUAUGCCAAUAUGAGAGAGCUUUAAAAGAUGCUGAAAAAUCUAUAGCUUUAUGUCCUGCAUGGCCAAAAGGAUAUUUUAGGAAAGGAAGAGCAAUGCUAGGUUUAAAAAAAUACUCUGUAGCAGAGGAAUGCUUUGUCAAAGUAUUGAAACUUGAUAAUGAUUGUGAAGAUGCACUUGCUGAAUUACAUAAAGUAAAAAUUCUUCAAAUAAUGGAGGCAGGCUAUUCGAAAGAGCAGGCUGAAGCAGCUCUGUCCAAGUAUGGUUCUGUAAAAGAAGCAAUAAGUAAUUUAGUUAUAAAUGGAAUAUCUCGUGUUGCAUUCAAGGAUGAUGAUGUUUUUUUAUCUGAUGAUGAGUCUGAAGCUUUCCGUGUAAUGGCUGCUAAAGCGAAAAAGACGCCUCGUGUUUAUGAUAUUAAAACAGAUCCUAACAAUCCUGAAAACCAUAAUUCAUUAUGGAUUGGUAAUGUACAACCUGGUGUCACUGAGAAGAAGUUACUAUCAAUGUUUUCUAAGUUUGGUGAAAUUUUAUCUUUGAAAAUAAUGCCAGAAAAAUUUUGUGCUUUUGUAAACUUCAAAAGUAUUUCUUCACCUGGAAAAGCCAUGAAAGAAUAUCAGGGAUUUGAGUUAGGUGGUGCCAAGCUUAUCAUUCGAUUUCCAAAUCUUCCUGGUGAAACUUCGAAGAAGAAAACUGUGGUCAGUUCUACAGACACUGCACCGAAAACUCAAGGCUCUAUGCCUGGUGAUGAAUGCUAUUUCUGGCGUACAACUGGGUGUAUUUAUGGAGAACAUUGUCGUUACCGUCACGUAAAGGAACAUGAAGGUAUUGAUAAAAAGAAAUGGCAUAUUGCUACCAAUUAAGUUGCCUCUUAUAGAGGGAAUAUUAUAUGAUGGCAAAAAGUUAUUGAUGAUUAUUUUGCUCAUUUUCAUGUCCGAUGGUUUCUAUGUAAUGCUUUUUUAGGCAUUGUAAGAAACUUUACCUCUGGUGUAUAAUAAAUGGGCAGAAAAGUGUUUAAACUUUGAAAUUCUUUGGUGCUGUAAUCUUUUCUGCUGUGACUACAGUCCAUUACUUUGUAUUUAAUUUUCCACAUGUACUUUGUCUAUAUAAUUGUUAUUUUUAAAUUAUACAUUCUCUUAUUAGUCUUGAAAUGUGAUAUUUUUGUAUGUAAAGAAUGACCUGUGUCUAAUCCAAAGUGUAUGAAUUGUUAUCAUAUAGACUAAUUUUCCUUAUCAUGUCGUAACAUUAAAUUCACAGCCAGGGUAUUUUCUUCACUUUUUAAAUUUCUAUAAUUUUAUAAAUUACUAAAUUUAUAUUUGUAAGAUUUUUUAAUUGUUUAUUUUACUUUUAUAUCUAACAUAGUUUGUUUUCAAAACCAAAAAUGUGUGUGAUCUAUUGUUAUCCUGAGUAUAUUGUAUAUAUCAAGGUAAAAAAUUUUAACUUAAGUCCUGCCAUGAGUUUUAAGAAAUAUUUGUUUGGAUAUUUAAUUUAUUGUACAUCCCUUUUUUAAUAACUCUCCCUUUAUUUUUUAUAUUUGAUUGUUUCAUAAAGAAUUAAUACUUCUCUCAAAAGUAAGUUAUAUUUUACAGUUGUACCUUUUUUUGAUUAAACAAAUAUGAUAUUAGGAAUUUUUAACUGUCAUUUAUUUUCUUGGUGUAGAAAACAAAACAAAAAAAUUAGUAAGAAGCGAGGGGAAAAUAUGUGAAGCAGAAUAAAAUAAGCCUAUGUAGAAAUCUUAAAUUAUUUAUAAUUUUAAACUCACUUGAGCUUCCAUGUAAUUUUGUAAAUCAAAAUAAAUUCCAAAUCGUCCUUUUGUGGGGUGAGGGGUAAUAUUAAAGCAGUAAUCAGUAUAUUGUAAUUGAAUGUAUGUAUCUAUUUUAGGUUUAAUUAAAAAGUAUGUUAGUAUUUUAUG